UGCAGCAGCGGCCGACUGUGGGCGGUGGAGCUUCCGUGCGCCCAUUGGGUCCGACCCUUCCAGCGUCCCGCUCCUUCGCCAGCCUGCCUCGCUCCUCCGCGCAAUGACCACCACCACCACCUUCAAGGGUGUCGACCCGAACAGCAGGAAUAGCUCCCGGGUUUUGCGGCCUCCAGGUGGUGGAUCCAAUUUUUCAUUAGGCUUUGAUGAACCAACAGAACAACCUAUGAGGAAGAAUAAAAUGGCCUCUAACAUCUUCGGGACACCUGAGGAAAAUUCCCCUUCGUGGGCCAAGUCGGCAGGUGCCAAGUCUAGUGGUGGCAGGGAAGAUUCAGAGUCGUCUGGACUGCAGAGAAGGAACUCUUCUGAAGCAAACUCUGGAGACUUCUUAGAUCUGAAGGGAGAAGGUGACAUUCAUGAAAAUGUGGACACAGACUUGCAAGGCAGCCUGGGGCAGGGUGAGGAGAAGCCCGUGCCCGCCGCACCUGUGCCCAGCCCAGUGGCCCCGGCCCCAGUGCCGUCCAGAAGAAACCCUCCUGGGGGCAAGUCCAGCCUCGUCUUGGGUUAACUCCGACUGUCUUGAACGCUGUUGUUUUGUUUGUUUUCUCCAUGCUUGUGAACUGCACAACUUGAGCCUGACUGUACAUCUUUUGGAUUUGUUUCAUUAAAAAAGAAGCACUUUA